UGAAGUCCACCACCACGGUUCUAUUCUUCCUUCUACUAUUGCCUAUAUUACGAAAUCUUCACACCGCCAUGUUUCCCCUACAUCUGACAACUGCUACAAGUUACAAGUUACAAGUCUGACGCGAUAUCAAAAUUCAUUAUGUGUACCAAAAGCUUACCAUAUUUUUUAUCAGGGUUGGUGGUUAGGGGAUUUGGCAGAGGUUCCAAAGCUUUAGGAAUACCAACAGCAAAUCUUGAAGACCAGGUAGUAGAUAAUUUACCUCCUGAUCUUACUACUGGAAUUUAUUAUGGAUGGGCUACUAUAAAUAAACAAACUUAUAAAAUGGUUGCCAGUAUUGGUUGGAAUCCAUUUUAUAAAAAUGAGAAAAAGACAGUGGAAAUACAUUUAAUACAUAAAUUUGAGAAUGAUUUCUAUGGAAAGCAAAUUAAAGCCAUUUUCACAGGAUAUAUACGACCAGAAAAAGAUUUUACUUCUGAAGAGGAAUUGAUUCAAGCAAUAAAAAAUGAUAUAGCAGUUGCUGAAGAACAGUUGCAAAAAUCAGAUAUGAUGGCUUAUAAAGAUAAUCCAUUUUUAAAAGAAUAAUGCAAUUAUACAAAUAUUAAUGUAAUUCAUACUGUAAUUAAAUAACGGUAAAGUAAUUCACACUGUAAGUAAAUAACGGUAAUUAUGUUGUGGUAACAUUUUA